CUGAUCUCUCCCAAAACGUUUGAUGACUGCACCUUCGAGGAGUUAGUCAACGCAGUCCAGAACCACUACACGCCGAAGCCGUCGGAGAUGACCUGCCACGUGGCGUUCCAGCAUCGGAACCAGCUAGGCCGCGAGACAGCUGCGGAGUUCCUCGCCGAGCUCCGCCGCCUGGCCGCGGAUUGCAAGUUCGAGGGUCACUUAGAAAUGGCGCUGAGGGACCGGUUCGUCGCAGGCCUGCGGGAGGAGAAGCUGAGGCGACGCAUCAUGGAGGGCGAGAAGGUCACCAUUGCGUCGGCCAUGGCCACCGCAUCUGCCUGGGAAAGGUCCCACCCAGCCACCUCGACCGCACAUCAAGCCAACACCGGGACACCCAAUAGCCCGGAUGAGGACGUCCACCGCACGCAAGCUCCGCGGCGCACCCCACGGGCGAACGCGAACUCCGGUCGCCAGCCGCCCAACACAAUCCAGCCCGGGUGCGCCAGCUGCGGGGAUCCGCACGACCGGAAUACUUGCCGGUUCAGGGGAGCUGUUUGCCGGACCUGCGGGCGCACUGGACACAUCGCCCGCGCCUGUCGCGCCAAGGUCCCCAGCCGCGGCCAACCUCCGCGCCACCGAGCGGAGGCCCACUUCGAGGACGGCGCGGAUAGCGAGGACCUCUACAGGAUCGCGCACACCGAGGAAAAGGGAUUCCGGGCGUCACACCCUUCUUCGAUGAUGUGAUGAUCGCCGCCGCCUCGCCUGCGGAAUUUGCGGACCGUCUCCGCAUGGUGCUCCGCCGUUUCC